CAUGGCAGUGUCCGUCCGGUCCGCGCGGGCGCUGCCUGGCUCAGAUAAAGUACAGAAAGAAAAGGCUGGACAAACCUCAGAGCCUAGGCAGGGCAGCCGAAUGGGGAAACUCUUGGGUUUUGAGUGGACAGAUUUGUCCAGCUGGAGAAGGCUGGUGACCCUGCUGAAUCGACCAACUGAUCCUGCAAGCCUGGCCGUCUUCCGUUUUCUCUUUGGGCUGUUGAUGGUACUGGACAUUCCCCAGGAGCGAGGGCUUAGCUCCCUGGACCGCAGAUAUUUGGACGGGCUGGAUGUGUGCCGCUUCCCAUUACUGGAUGCCCUGCGCCCAUUGCCACUUGACUGGAUGUAUCUUGUCUACACCAUCAUGUUUCUGGGGGCACUGGGCAUGAUGCUGGGCUUGUGCUACCGGAUAAGCUGUGUGUUGUUCCUGCUGCCAUACUGGUAUGUGUUUCUCCUGGACAAGACGUCAUGGAACAACCACUCCUAUCUGUAUGGUUUGUUGGCCUUUCAGCUGACGUUCAUGGAUGCAAACCGCUACUGGUCUAUGGAUGGUUUGCUGAGUGCUCAGAAGAGGAAUGCCCAGGUGCCCCUUUGGAACUAUGCAGUGCUCCGUGGCCAGAUCUUCAUUGUGUACUUCAUUGCGGGUGUGAAAAAACUGGAUGCAGACUGGGUUGAAGGUUAUUCCAUGGACUACCUGUCCCGGCACUGGCUCUUCAGUCCUUUCAAACUAGUGUUGUCUGAGGAGAUGACUAGCCUACUGGUGGUACAUUGGUGUGGGCUACUGCUCGACCUCUCAGCUGGCUUCCUGCUCUUCUUUGAUGCCUCAAGACCUGUUGGCCUUCUCUUCGUGUCUUAUUUCCACUGCAUGAAUUCCCAGCUCUUCAGCAUUGGUAUGUUUUCCUAUGUCAUGCUGGCCAGCAGCCCUCUCUUUUGCUCCCCUGAAUGGCCUCGGAAGCUGGUAUCCCGCUGUCCAAAAAGGCUGCAAGAGCUCCUGCCCCUCAAGGCUGCCCCUCAGCCCAGUGCUUCCUGUGUGUACAAGAGGAGCCGGGCCAAGGGGAGUCAGAAGCCAGGGCUGCGGCAUCAGCUAGGAGCUGCCUUCACCCUGCUCUACCUCCUGGAGCAGCUCUUCCUGCCCUAUUCCCAUUUUCUCACUCAGGGCUAUAACAACUGGACAAAUGGGCUUUAUGGCUAUUCCUGGGACAUGAUGGUACAUUCCCGCUCCCACCAACAUGUGAAGAUCACCUACCGUGAUGGCCGCACUGGAGAACUGGGGUACCUUAACCCUGGGGUGUUCACACAGAGUCGGCGAUGGAAGGAUCAUGCAGACAUGCUGAAGCAAUAUGCCACUUGCCUGAGCCUCCUGCUUCCCAAGUACAAUGUCACUGAGCCCCAGAUCUACUUUGAUAUUUGGGUCUCCAUCAAUGACCGCUUCCAGCAGAGGAUUUUUGACCCUCGUGUGGACAUUGUGCAGGCCGACUGGUCUCCCUUCCGGCGUACAUCCUGGCUGCAGCCACUUUUAAUGGAUCUGUCUCCCUGGAGAGCCAAGUUACAGGAGAUCAAGAGCAGUCUGGACAACCACACUGAGGUGGUCUUCAUUGCAGACUUCCCUGGGCUGCACCUGGAGAAUUUUGUGAGUGAAGACCUGGGCAACACUAGCAUCCAGCUGCUGCAGGGGGAGGUGACUGUGGAGCUGGUGGCAGAACAGAAGAACCAGACUCUUCGGGAGGGAGGAAAAAUGCAGUUGCCUGCUGGUGAGUACCACAAGGUUUAUACCGUGUCAUCCAGCCCUUCCUGCUACAUGUACAUCUAUGUCAACACUACGGACCUUGCUUUGGAGCGAGACCUGGCACAUCUGCAAGAACUGAAGGAGAAGGUAGAGAAUGGAAGCGAAACAGGGCCUCUACCUCCAGAGCUCCAACCUCUACUGGAGGGGGAUGUAAAAGGGGGCCCAGAGCCAACACCUCUAGUUCAAACCUUUCUUAGACGCCAGCAGAGGCUCCAGGAGAUUGAACGCCGGCGAAAUACCCCUUUCCAUGAGCGCCUUUUUCGCUUCUUGUUAAGAAAGCUCUAUCUCUUUCGCCGUAGUUUCUUGAUGACCUGUAUCUCACUUCGAAAUCUGGCCCUCGGCCGUCCUUCACUGGAGCAGCUGGCCCAAGAGGUGACUUAUGCAAACUUGCGGCCCUUUGAGCCAGCUGAAGAGUCGAGUCAUUCACACACAGAUUCUUCAAAUCCUAAUCUUCCUGAGUCAAACUCUGACUCUGUUCACUUAGAGCUCUGAGUGGGAUCAAUUCUUGGAUUGCAGAUAGAGGAGUAAGCAGUGAAAGGACCAUUACUUAUACAGUGGACAUUGAU